GACACUCUUGUUUUGCUUCUUGACAACACUGGCGGGGUUGAGCUAGCAGCGGCCCGGGCUCCAGCCCCCGCGGGAGCAGGGGCCGAUGAACUGUGAUUUGGUCACAGUGUAGAUGUCUGUUGGUCUCCUGCCGUGCGCCCCACACCGGACUUCACGAGCUGGGGCAUCUACAGUGGAGGGAAGUCCUUCCCCGCAGGCAGCUGUCCGAACUCACAGCUUGCUGCUAAGUCAUGACUGGCUGUGAGAUGUCACCAGAUCACCCCUUGGGGAAAGAAGUUUCUGCUCCUGCCAAGCUGGCAGGGCCUGCUUCCUGAAGCGCCUGUGUGUGUCUUCCUCACCAGUCCCAGCACCCCCAGAAAGCCCAGUCUCCUCCCCGGCCACAGUGGAGGGAUCAUGGGAGAAGCGGAAGGGAAGAAAGAUGAGGCUGAUUAUAAGCGACUGCAGACCUUCCCUCUGGUCAGGCACUCGGACAUGCCAGAGGAGAUGCGAGUGGAGACCAUGGAGCUGUGUGUCACGGCCUGUGAGAAAUUCUCCAACAACAACGAGAGUGCCGCCAAGAUGAUCAAAGAGACCAUGGACAAGAAGUUCGGCUCCUCCUGGCACGUGGUGAUCGGCGAAGGCUUCGGCUUCGAGAUCACUCAUGAGGUGAAGAACCUCCUCUACCUGUACUUCGGGGGGACCCUGGCCGUGUGUGUCUGGAAGUGCUCCUGACACGGCCCCCCUCCCCCUGCCCCCGACCCUGCAGGGCCUGUUCUUGCCUGUCACCUGGCAUGGGGCCAGCCCCAGGCAGGCCCUCGGCUCACGAAGGAGAGCGUGGUGUCUUUCUUUUGUCCUGUGUGCCCAUGUCCUGAGCCGUGCCCAGUGUGUGAACAUACUGACAUCUCUACCCCAGGCCCCCAGCCACCUCCCUCCGAGUCCAGGGUGUGCGGGGGCAGCAGGCAGUGGUCUCCGUGCAGGGAGGGCAGGGAGACGCGACAGGGUAGCAGGAGGGCGGGGAGGUGGAACUUUUCUCCCAAGGACAUGCCAGCCCCUCCUGUCUCAUGGGCCGAGUCCCCUCGCACCUGGGAGCCCCCUGCUCUCCCACCCCAGCACUGCUGGCAGGUGUCCACUGUCCUCGUCCUGACCGACCAUAUGCAAUGGCCCCAAGAAAGAGCUUCUCCUCCCCAGGGGCACUGGCAGCUUCUCUCCUGUCCUCUGGAGAAGUGGUGACUCCCCAGAGCCCCAUCCCCACCCCCGACGCCAGGCUUCGUGAACCUUCUCCGCUGCCUCCACCUUCGCAGUUGGUGUCCAGUGGCCGAGGGCGUGGGGACUGCCGCCGAGCAGUCUCUCAAGGUGCCACGGAGCCUCGGUGAGCCGCCGGGCCAGGGGCGUGCUCACCGAGAGGCCUGUUUGAGCAGGGAACCUGGCCUGCCAGCACUUCUCAUCAGGGACCGCAUGCGCUUUGUACUCCUGUUCCGCUGGGUUUUCUAUGUUCUUUCUGCGUGGGGGAAGCGUUUUAGUAGAAGGGUGAAGCCUAUUUUACAUAGCGUUCUUAUUUAUAUAAAUGUCUUGGUUUUUACAAUUAAAAUGGCCAGAAACUGA